GGGGAAGACGAGAAACAGAGAGGGAAGGCUACCAGUUCAGAAAAAAAUGAAGACAACAACGCUUUUCUAUGAGAGCAUUUUCUGUGCAAAUUUUCAAUCUUCACGUUCAAAACCUCUGCAUUUAUUUCAUUUUUCUUCUUUGCUUUCUUCAAUUCGUUGCUCGCAGAGGAAGAAACUGAAGCACUCGGAUCAGAAUUUCAUUCUCAUUUCAUCAAGGCAUUCAAGCCGGUGGCCUCACUGUAUUACUCUCGACGACCGCUGGUCAGGGAACUUCCUGCAGACGUCUUCCCCUCUUUCAAGCGGCAUUGAGAACAGAUUUCUUGAUAACAAGAGUUCUGAAGAAACUUCGAGUUGGAUACAAGUUAAAGAUGAUUUUCUUGCUCUGGAUAAAACUCUUAUUAGUUCAAGAAGUCAAGAUGGCAUAUCAACAUCUUUCAACCAUAAAGAUGCCUCAGACUUUGAUACAUUAUUUCAUAGAUGGAUGAAGUUUACAGUACUCUUUGGGUUGCUCAUGCUGCAAGGCUCUCAACAGGCAGAGGCUGGUCCAGAGUUUGCUAGUGCGUUGCAGACAUUUCCUUAUUUGGGGGAUCUUGGUGAUAUUAGCACAGGUUUUGCUUCAGCUUUCUUGUUGAUAUUUUUCUCUGAACUGGGGGAUAAAACAUUCUUUAUUGCGGCACUUUUAGCAGCCCGGAAUUCUGGGGCCGUUGUUUUCAUUGGAACUUUUGGUGCACUCGCGGCAAUGACUAUGGUGUCUGUUGUUCUUGGCCGGACCUUUCAUUAUGUUGAUGAUAUCCUUCCAUUCAGAUUUGGUGACAUUGAUUUGCCUGUUGAUGAUAUUGCUGCAGUUUUCCUCUUGAUCUAUUUUGGAGUCACCACAUUGCUCGAUGCAGCCUCAGGUGAUGGUUUGAAGGCUGAAGAAGAACAAAAGGAGGCAGAGCUAGCGGUUUCUGAAUUUUCAGGCAACAGUGCUGGGAUUGUAGCUGCUGCUAAUACUGUCAUAAGCACUUUCCUACUGGUUUUUGUUGCUGAAUGGGGUGACAAAUCAUUUUUCUCCACAAUAGCACUUGCCGCAGCUUCUUCACCCCUGGGAGUCAUUGGUGGAGCACUAGCAGGUCAUGCUGUUGCAACUUUGCUUGCUGUUUUAGGAGGUUCUUUACUGGGGACAUUCUUAUCAGAGAAGGUUGUUGGCUACAUGGGAGGUGCUCUUUUCCUAGUCUUUGCGGCUGUCACAUUGAUUGAGAUAGUUAGUUAGAGGUUAGGUUUGAUGAAAUUUCCCAUUUGAAGCAGAAUAUGUUCAGCUUACUUUCACUAGCCAACAGCGUCAUUUAGCAGAAAUGGGUUGGAGAGGGAAGAUUUCAUGGAUUUCUUUGAUCUCUUUCCUCUACCACUUGCAUGCGUCAUUUAUCAUUAAGCCAUCAGCACUGCCUUGAUGCUUAUUAGGAGAUAAAAUCUAGAAAUCAAGCUUGUUGAUU